AUGUUCAACCUGUUCUACGGUGUGUCGAAAAACGGUAACAAGCGACUGCCCCUUACCUCCAAGCAGGGUAACAAGAACUUCUACAAGGGCCAUGGAGCCGGUGGAGUCGGUAAGACCACUUCCAAGGGUCGAUUCAUUAUCAACCGAGACAAGGUCCGAACUUUUGUCGUUCCUGCCGGUCUGGAGGCUUGUGAGCUCAAGCCGUUUGUGUCCCCCACCCUGGAGCCCAUCAAGAACUCUUUCCGAGGCUUCUCGGGUCCCCUCGACCCCAAGCUCACCGUCAAGAAGGUGAACGAGUAUGUCAAGUCCGGCCCUGUUGCCGAGGAGGAUGCCCCCGAUCGAAAGAACUGGAUCGAUCGAGAGUAA